CCUCGGCGGCGGGAAGGAGGCAGGCGAGGCCUGGGCCUGGGCCUGGGCCUCGGCGGCUGCUCGGCCUCGGAGGCGGCCUCGGGCUCGGGCCCCGCGGGCUCCAUGGCCCCGGGCCGCUGAGCGCCCGCCCGCCCGCCCGGCCGGCCCCGCCUCGGCGGCAGCAGGCAGCAGGCAGGCGGCCUCGGAGGCCUCGGACCCGGCCCGGCCCCAGCCCCGCGGCCGAACAAUGAAGCUCCUGAAGCCGACCUGGGUCAACCACAAUGUUCCAUUGAGAAAACCCAGAGGCUUGGGCAGCAGCAACAAUGGAGACCAAACCCCAAAUGACAGAGUGACUGCAGGCGAUGAAAUGCCAAGUGGAUGUGGGGGAUGCCACAUGUGGCCAAGCCCUUCUGGAAGCCUCGCCUGGGCUGGAAGGAGGCAAACCAAUUUUUUCUGUUGAUAUUCAUCCCGAUGGGACCAAGUUUGCAACUGGAGGGCAAGGGCAAGAUUCUGGGAAGGUUGUGAUCUGGAAUAUGGCUCCAGUCCUCAAAGAGGAAGAUGAAAAGAAUGAAAAUAUUCCCAAGAUGCUUUGCCAGAUGGACAAUCACUUAGCCUGUGUGAACUGUGUUCGAUGGUCAAACAGUGGGAUGUAUUUAGCUUCUGGGGGAGAUGACAAACUGAUUAUGGUGUGGAAGCGGGCUACGUACAUUGGUCCCAGCACCGUUUUUGGCUCCAGUAGUAAGCUUGCCAAUGUGGAACAAUGGCGAUGUGUGUCGAUUCUCAGAAGCCAUUCAGGUGAUGUGAUGGAUGUUGCUUGGUCUCCUCAUGAUGCCUGGCUUGCGUCCUGCAGUGUGGAUAACACUGUUGUCAUCUGGAAUGCUGUGAAAUUUCCCGAAAUUCUUGCCACUUUACGGGGCCAUUCUGGUUUGGUGAAAGGGCUGACCUGGGAUCCUGUUGGGAAGUAUAUUGCUUCUCAGGCUGAUGACCGUAGUUUGAAAGUGUGGAGAACCAUGGACUGGCAGCUGGAAACGAGCAUCACCAAACCCUUUGAUGAGUGUGGAGGGACGACCCACGUUUUACGGCUCAGCUGGUCUCCUGAUGGACACUAUCUGGUCUCUGCUCAUGCCAUGAAUAAUUCAGGCCCUACUGCUCAGAUCAUCGAGAGGGAUGGCUGGAAAACCAACAUGGACUUUGUGGGCCAUCGGAAGGCAGUCACGGUGGUGAAAUUCAAUCCCAAAAUCUUCAAGAAGAAGCAGAAGAAUGGGAGCUCGACUAAGCCAAGCUGCCCAUAUUGCUGCUGUGCCGUUGGCAGCAAGGAUCGGUCCCUCUCUGUCUGGCUCACGUGUCUGAAGCGGCCUCUAGUGGUCAUCCAUGAGCUGUUCGACAAGUCCAUCAUGGACAUCUCUUGGACUCUCAAUGGACUUGGCAUCUUAGUGUGCUCCAUGGACGGCUCCGUGGCCUUCUUGGAUUUCUCCCAAGAUGAGCUCGGGGAUCCCCUGAGCGAGGAGGAAAAGAGCCACAUUCACCAGUCCACCUACGGGAAGAGUCUUGCGGUGAUGACAGAGGCUCAGCUCCCCACCACCAUAAUUGAGAACCCCGAGAUGCUCAAGUACCAGCAGAGGCAGCAGCAGCAACUGGGUCACAAGAACGCAGCAACCCGGGAAGCUGGCUCCAACCCCAAAGUGGCCAGCAUGGUGAAUGGGGAGAGCCUAGAGGACAUCAGAAAGAAUCUCUUAAAGAAGCAAGUGGAGACACGGACAGCCGAUGGCCGCAGGAGGAUCACGCCCCUUUGUAUAGCUCAGCUGGACACUGGGUACUCCUCCAGGGACUUCUCCACAGCCUUCUUUAAUAGUAUUCCUCUCUCUGGAUCGCUGGCGGGCUCCAUGCUGUCUUCUCAAAGUAACCAGCAGCUCCUGGCACUAGAUUCCAAUGCCACCAACUCCCUCGGCACAUCAAAGCCUUCCUUGGAGCCUGUGGCAUCAAGCUUGAAGCCUGCGGGAGAUGCCAUCAGCAAAGACAGUGUCAAUGCUACCUCGGCGGCAGCCGUCCCUCCCACAUCCUCAUCCUCUGUGUUAACAACCCCAUCCAAGAUCGAACCGAUGAAAGCGUUCGAUUCCCGAUUUACUGAACGAUCCAAAGCCACCUCAGGGACCGGGCCUGCCACCAUCACAAAUGUGAACCAGACUGCCGUGGACCGGUUGAAAGAGCAAAACUUGGUCAAAGAGACCAAAGUCAAGGACAUCCUGGAGAGCAGCAGCGACAGCGAUGAGAAGAUCCCAAUCUCCAAGUCCUCUUCCCUGCCCAAGCGGAAGCUGGAUCUCGAAGGGGAGAUUGUGGAGAAGAAGAAGAAGGGCCGCCCUCGGAAGGACACACGCCUCCUGCCCGUGGCUCUGUCUAUGCAGUCCCCUGCUGCACUGACGGCCGACAAAGAUGCCCUCUGCGUGUCUGCCCCAGCCCUAGCUCUUAAACUGCCGACACCAGCCCCACAAAAGUCCUUCGCCCUGCAGGUGAGCUCUGACCCUUCCCUGUACAUCGAAGUGGAGAACGACGUAACGGCGGUGGGAGGCUUGAAGCUGAGCCGCUUAAAGUGUACGCGGGAAGGAAAAGAGUGGGAGACCGUCCUCACGAGCCGGAUUCUCACCGCCGCUGGCAGCUGUGAUGUGGUCUGUGCUGCCUGUGAGAAGAGGACCCUGUCCGUGUUCUCUUCCUGCGGUCGCCGCCUGCUGCCUCCAAUCGUCUUGCACUCCCCCGUCUCCACGCUCCAUUGCACAGGGCCCUACAUCAUGGCCCUCACUUCCGCGGCCACCCUGUCUGUGUGGGAUGUCCACAAACAAGUAGUCGUCAUCAAAGACGAGUCUCUGCAGACCAUCCUGUCAGGAAGCGACAUGACCGUGUCCCAGAUAUUGCUGACCCAGCAUGGCAUCCCCGUGAUGAAUCUGUCCGACGGGAAGGCCUACUGUUUCAACCCCUCCCUUUCCACGUGGAACCUGGUUUCUGACAAGCAGGAUUCCUUAGCCCAGUGUGCAGACUACAGGAACAGCUUGCCGUCCCAGGAAGCCAUGCUGUGUUCGGGGCCGCUGGCCAUCAUCCAGGGACGCACGUCCAAUUCAGGAAGACAAGCGACUCGGUUGUUCUCGGUGCCUCAUUUGGUCCAGCAAGAGACCACCCUGGCCUACCUGGAGAGCCAGAUGGCAGCAGCGCUGACGCUGCAGUCCAGCCACGAGUAUCGCCAUUGGCUCCUCAUCUAUGCACGGUACCUCGUUAAUGAAGGGUUUGAAUAUCGGCUACGAGAGUUAUGCAAGGAUUUGCUGGGCCCCGUCCAUCACUCCACAGGCAGUCAGUGGGAAUCCACAGUGGUGGGCUUGAGGAAGCGAGAACUCCUCAAAGAGCUGCUGCCAGUCAUCGGGCAGAACCUGCGCUUCCAGCGAUUGUUCACGGAAUACCAGGAGCAGCUGGACAUCCUGAAAGACAAGUAGCCGCCCCCGCUCUGGAGGUGGCCCGCUCCAGGAGGAGCCGCUCCUCGGCACCAGCCUCCGACGGAUGGCCCGGCCGAGCCAGGGAGACCGCGGCGGGCGCGUGACAUCCAGGCGUGCGGACAGGCCCGGCCUCCUUCCUCUCCGGAGCCACGUCCCGGCGCUGCGGGGAGGCCCGCGCCCGGGACCCUCGCCACGACUUGUCGGGGAGGCGGACGGAGACGGCCGCCUCCCUGCCCGGCGACCGGCACGGCUCUGCGGAGCCCGUCGGGGCCGCGGCCGGGGCCCGUGAGCCCGGCAGGCUCCGGGGCCUGCCCUGUGGACGGCAGAGGCGCCAGCAGCCCAGAGACUCCCCCCGAGAGAAAGGCUGCGCUCCCCCUCGCGAGAGAGGACUUUUCUUGGCCAAUAAUCAGGAUUUCCUAUGGGGCACGUGGACACUUGUCACCCGUAGGACACGGCAACUCUAAUUAUGACAGCUCCGUUGCUCAAUAAUUGUACCAAAUUCCCCUGUCCUCAUUUGGUUUUUAAUUUUUCAAUGUUUGUAAGAGACCGUUUUUCUGGGAAGGGACAAGGGGUGGGCGAUUCUUUUUGUAAGUAUAAAAUAAAUGAACAGCAUUGGAUACAAAACGCA